GAGAGAGGGGUUUUGACAUGCGUUGGCUGUGAGUGACAUUGCUGCCCAACAGUAGGUGGUAACCGGAGCAGCCUUGUGUACUGCUGGGUUCGGGUGUGUUCGUGUGUGUGUGAGUGUGUGUCGGAUUCGGAGCAACUGAUCUGGGGUGUGUGUUUCAGGGCGAGGACUACAGUAUAGGAGCUGAGAGCUGCUCUGGGUGUGUAUGUUAAGGGUGAGCAUUAAGAGCUCAUCUUAUGUAUGUGUGAGUGUUUCUGAGUGUGUGUGUGUGAGUGUGUGUGUGUUUGAGGGGCCUGGCUAGCAGUGGUGAUUUGAUCUAGUGUGUGUUGCAGAGAGGCUUGUUGAGGAGUAGAGUACUAGCUGGGCUGCUAAUGCUCCGUGAUCCAGGGGGGUCUUACAACCUCAACCCGACCAGGAGCCCCCCCUCAUGCUGCUGGAGGAUUGAAGCCCCCUCUCUCCAGAAGUCCCCUCAUGCCACAGCUGAUUAAUUAGUGGAAGAUUGUGCUGGUGGAGCACUGUCUGGAGUAUUACGAUGGGGGGAAGACAAAGAUCGCAGAUGGUUGAUCCGGAACAUUCAGAGACGCUGAACAAGGACCCAUACAAGGCCCUUAUAUUUAUAUGAGAAAUACGUACAUUAACCCUGGAGCUGAAAUAGUACUCAUACAGCACAUGACCACUUAGGAGGUGAGACCUUCAGAUGACUACUACCUGUAUCAGUAUUGGCCCUAACCACAUUAACUUUGGCAUUUGAACAUUGAUGCCAAGAGGGACCUUCACAUGAAUAGCACCUGUACUUAAGACGUCCAAACACCGACACCCUUGGGACUUGUAUCUCAAGAUAAGAAGAACAAGAGUUGUGGAUAUUGCCUUCAUGCCCAUAGGAUCAUGAUCAGGCAUAAAACCUGGAGGUUAUAGUUUGAUGCCCUAUGUACAGUCAAUGAUAUCAGCUGGAGGUGAUACAGUAGUCCCUGUGUGAAUGUCAAGCCAGCCCUACCCAUCGUAAGGAGUCCCGCAGGGAUAUACCGUGUCAACGAUGCGGCGGUCGCAGUUCCCUUCGCGGGCCGUGCCAGAGAGGGUCCUCAUGACUGAACCAGAACUGGAGCCGGGUCCGGCCACCGGGCCACCCAUCUUCCUGCGGAAGCUGAAACGGGCUGCCGUGGCAACAGGGUGUGACGUCCGUCUGCGCGUGUCGGUGGGGGGGAAUCCGGAACCCUCGCUGCAGUGGUACCAUGGCGAGACGCGGUUGCCUAGCGACGAGAGGGAUGCCGGGGGACUGUGGAUACGGGACUGCCAACCGAGUGACGGAGGGCUUUAUACCUGCGUGGCAACCAACAUACACGGGGAGGCAAGGAGCAGCGCUGUGCUGGCAGUACUGGACCUCGGAGAUGACUCAGAGAACACUGAGGAUGAGGCGGGGGAGUCUCAGGUCCCCAUGGAGACCAAGGAGAGGGCCAAAGGAGGACACGGACACACAGGAAACAAAAUGGGUGACCGAUCGAAGGUGGACCCCUAUGGCCAGAGGGACCCCCGGGGACAUAUCCAGAGCCAGGAGCAGGUGGUGGGGAGGGAGGUGCUCCCGCUGGGCUCCAGGCCCCCCCACCUGUCCGACCACGCGCACCCCGGCAGGACUCAAGUGGACUCACAAACAAAGGCCCUGACCCCCAGUGUCCAGUCUUCACUGGACAAAACCCAAAAGAGCUCUACCCCGACUUCACCCAUAGGUGGCGCUACAGAGCCUGGACCUGAGGCAGCGCUACCCAGCAGCAGUAGUGGUGUCCAAACACAACAGAAGAAGCCAGGAGGCUCUCCUGGGACCAAGAGGGAGGAGGUGAAUGGUAAGACUGCCAAAGCGUCCAAAGCAUCAUCUGUGUCGUCUCAGUGCAGUGACCCACCGGAUAGAGACACCGCGCUACCGGGCCAGACACCUAAGCUCGCCCGAGCGGGAUCCCGCAUAUUCGACAAAGUCCGCGCCUUCGAGGAGAGGAGGAAUAGCGUGGACCCCGUCCCAAGGGGCUCAACAUCAGCUCGCUCCUGGGCCGGUUUCGGCCGUGCUGCAUCCGUCGACUCGGACGAGCGAGGCAAACACGGAGGCGCCACGCCAAAAGACAAGACGAUGUCGGACGUGGCGGCUAAGAGGUCCUUCUUCAAGCAGAAGGCCUCGUCGCUGGAGGAAGGUAGCAGCGGCGGCGGCCAUAGCAGCUAUGCGCAAAAGGUGCAGAAUUUCCAAAACAAGUUCACAGAGGAGCUCCACCGCAUCAAAAGGCUGGUGGGGGGAAAGCAGGGCAUGAAGAAGGCCAUGUCCACUGAGCAGCUGACCCAGACUGAUAUGCUGUCCCCCUCCCUACACAAGCUGGAGCCCAUACCCCCUGAAGUUGUCCAGAAACUCCAGGGUCUGGAGACGAAGCCGGAGACAAAAGCUGUUGAGUUUGAGAAAAAAGAACAGUCGCCUGUUCUGAACACAGCGAGGACACAGAACAGUCUGAAGGGGGGAGAAGAAGAGAAGUCGAAGACUUUGAAGGCCGCAAAUCUAGCAGCCUCCGAAGGACCCAAGACACAGCCUGCGAAGAACUCAGAUCUGGCAUCCGCAGCCGAGCAGAAGAUGCAGGCUGGCAGAGACACACUUGUCACAAAACCAGAGACAGAUGGCGCCAGCAGCGCCAAGACACGGAUACUUCCGACAAUCAAGUUGCCUGGCCAGUGCUCUCCUCGACUACCACGCAAAAGCCCCACCAGGCAGUCUCCUACCACCCCACCAUCCACUCCUCAGACCCCCCAGGAGAUAACACCUAGGAACUGCCCCACAAGCCCCCCAUCUGUCCUCCAGACCCCCCAAGAAACAACGCAAACCAACCAGGAGGCUGAGCAGCCAAUUCCCAAGAAAGAGCGAAAGUCCACAAGUCCUCAUUUGGAAAGGGCAUCUCCAACAAAGGCCGUGGCACCUCCAAAACCCCCAAGGCUGGGCACUGCAGGGCCUGUUCAAAUAUCACAGCAGGCGAAAAGAGGGCCUUCUCCCGGUCUGAAACUCACCAUCCCUACUAUUGUUGUUGGGGAUAAAUUGAUGGAGGAGGACGAGGAGGAGGAAGGAGAGAAGAUGGAAUGUGAUGAAAAGAGGACGAGAAAGCCGGGAAGGAGAACGAAGAGUGAGAGGAGGAAAAAGCAUCGUCCAACAUCUCCUGAGCAAGAUGACUCGUCAGAUGACUCGUACAUGUCAGCUGAAGAGGAGGGGGAGAUGAAGGGGAAGAUGAGGGAGGAGGAGAGGGGGAAAGAGGGGAUGAUGGAGACGGAGACGGGGAGGGGUGGAGCGCCCCACUUCCAGUCCCCGCUGAGGGAUGCGGAGGCCUGCGCUGGGGACACAGUCACUCUCACCUGCGUCAUCGCUGGAAGCCCACUCCCACGAGUGAGGUGGCAAAAGGGGGAGACUGAGAUCCAAGACGGCCCCACACACACUCUGCGAGCGGAGGGGACGAAACACACUCUCACCAUCACACAGAUGGCCCCCAGUGACGCGGGGACGUACCGUCUGACGGCCACCAACAACACGGGCCAGGCCCAGUCCUCAGCCACCCUCUUCAUACGCGCAGAGCCAGUCCAGGUGCCUCAUGGGAAACUGAGUCUUCCUCUGGAGCCUCUGGGUAGCCCCGCCCCCUCUGAUGAGGAGUACCUGAGUCCCCUAGAGGAGGCGGUGGAGAUGGACAUUUCCUGGUCCAGGAGAACAGAGGCGUCACCCUUCAAAGAGCCACCCUCAUUCCAGGUGUCCCCAGCUGACCAGGCCGUCACAGAGGGUCAAGAGGUGACCAUGGCAGUCCAGGUGUGUGGGCAGCCCAAGCCCAUGGUCUACUGGUUGAGAGACAGAGUGGCUGUGAAGACCGACAGCCGCCAUGUUGUGCAGGAACUUCCUGAUGGUAAAUUCGAGAUGAAGAUCAAGUCAGCGCUGAAGUCGGACGGUGGAGUCUACACCUGCAAGAUCAUCAACGAGUACGGCGUGAAGCAGGCCGACUGCAAACUGGAAGUUUCCGCUCUCGUGGCCACGCCAGUACUAGCCGUCACCACCCCCCUGACAGAUGUCUCAGUGAGGGCUGGAGAUACUGCCAUCUUCGAGUGUCACAUGACCGGGCCACAGGAAGUGGAUGUUGAUUGGCUGGCCAAUGGGAAGUUGAUCCAGCCUGCACUGCUGGACUGCAAGAUGCAGUUUGAUGGGAAGAGGUGUCGCCUCCUCAUGCACGCCGUUCAUGAGGACGACAGCGGCACUUACACUUGCAAACUCAGCUCUGCCAAAGAGGAGCUGGUGAGUACUGCCCGCCUAAAGGUUACCCCGUCCAGGGAGCCGCUCUUCACACGCAAGCUGGAGGUGCUCGAGGUCACCGAAGGUCGCAGCGCUCGCUUCGACUGCAAGAUCAGCGGCUCACCGACCCCACAGGUCACCUGGAGCCACCUGGAGAGUCCUCUUGAGGAGAGUGACAAUAUCCACUUCCUGUGUGAGGGCGGGCGCCACUCCCUCCUCAUCUCCCAGGUAACGCAGGAGCACGAGGGCUUCUACUCGGCCACAGCCCAUAAUCCUCAUGGAGACGCAGAGUGUUCCGCAGAGCUCUACGUGCAGGAGCCACGACCAGCCAUCUCCUCACACAUGGCUAAGUUGGAGAAGAUGCCAUCCAUCCCAGAAGAGCCGGAAGUGCUGGACCCGGAGGUGGAGAGGAGGACCAUGCCUGACUUCCUCAGCCCCCUGCAGGACGUGGAGGUGGUGGAGGGCAAGGAGGCGGUGCUGAAGUGCCGGGUGCUGGGCAUGCCCUACCCCACCAUCACCUGGUACCACAACGGCACCAAGAUCGACAGCACGGACGACCGCAAGAUGACACAGUACAGGGAUGUCCACAGUCUGGUGAUCCGCUCUGUAUGUCACGCACACAGUGGCGUCUACAAGAGUGUCAUCUCCAACAAGGUCGGCAAGGCCGCCUGCUACGCCCACCUCUACGUCACAGAUAUCCUCCCAGAGCCCCCAGAUGGUGCCCCUGUCAUAGACUCCAUCACAGGCAGAACCAUCACCCUCAGCUGGAACCAGCCUAAGAACCUCGACCCAUCUCUUGAUCCCAGUUCUCUGCUCUAUGCCGUUCAGCAACAGGCACUGGGCUCGAUACAGUGGAACAUAAUAGCGUCUAACCUGCGGGAGACGACCUACACGGUCUCCUCUCUCUGUAAAGGGGCCCGCUACGCCUUCAGGGUCCUGGCCAGCACGGGACGAGCUUUCAGCAAACCAUCUCCACCAACCGACCUGGUGCAGCUCAUAGACAGAGGUCAGUACAUGCGUAAGGGGCCCGAGAUCUUGGAUAAGCCAGAGACUGUAUUCGCUGUAGAGAACCAGCCUGCUACCUUGACCGUCACCCUCAACCAUGUGCAGGCCACAGUCACCUGGAAGAGGAGGGGUGUGAUCCUGGUCCAUAAGCCGGGCAUGCAUGAGAUGAGCAUGCCAGAUGACGACCAGCAUACUCUGCGGCUGGCACGCGUGCGGCCAGGUGACAAUGGCCAGUACACAUGCAUCGUCAGCAACGCAUUCGGUAGCGACAUCUGCCACGUACAACUGGCUAUAUCAGAGCCUCCUGUGUUUGAGAGCAUCAUGGAGGACCUGGAUGUGUGUGUGGGAGAGACCACCAGGCUGGUGGUGGUAGUGGAUGGAAAACCAGACCCAGACAUCCUCUGGUACAAAGACAACGCCCUGCUGUCUGAGAGUAGCCACUUCACCUUUGUGUAUGACGACAGGGAGUGUUCUCUAGUGGUGCUGAACGCUCGAGAGGAGGAUUCCGGAGUCUAUACCUGUACCGCUAAGAACCUGGCUGGCUCCGUCAGCUGCAAGGCAGAACUCACCGUGCGCGUGGCCAAGGUGGUGAUAGAGGAGCCUAUGGAGGAUGAGGAGACCAUACUGAGGAGGAUGAGGAGGCUUACGGACUACUACGACAUACACAAGGAGAUCGGGAGGGGUGCCUUCUCCUACGUGAGGCGAGUGACUCUCAAAGCAGCCAAGAGGGACUACGCGGCCAAGCACAUCACGGCCAGAGGCAAGAGGAAAGAAGCAGCGCUACGCGAGAUGGCCCUGCUCUCUGAGCUCGACCACGACAGGAUCCUCUACUUCCACGACGCCUUCGAGAAGAAGAACAUGAUUGUGAUCAUCACAGAGCUGUGUCACGAGGAGCUUCUUGAAAGAAUAACAAAGAAGACGAGCAUAUUGGAGGGAGAGGUCCGUUCCACCAUCAGACAGCUACUGGAAGGCAUUGAUUACCUCCACUAUAACAACAUCAUUCAUCUUGACAUCAAGCCAGAGAACAUUCUGAUGGCCGAUCGCAACAGUGACCAGAUCCGCAUCUGUGACUUUGGCAACGCGGUGAAGCUGACGGAGGGAGAGCUGCAGUACUGCGCGUAUGGCACGCCGGAGUUUGUCGCUCCCGAGUUCGUCAGUCAAACGCCGGUCUCCAAGUCAACAGACAUCUGGCCCGUCGGAGUAAUCACCUACUUAUGCCUCACAGGAGUAUCGCCGUUUGCUGCAGAAAACGACCGCGAAACACUGCUUAACAUCAGGAACUACAAUGUAGCGUUUGAGGAGGGCAUGUUUGCUGAGCUGUGUCGGGAAGCCAAAGGAUUUGUCAUCAAGCUGCUGGUGUUGGACAGAUUGAGGCCAGACACGACAGAAUGCCUUCGACAUCCGUGGUUUAAGACUCUGACAAAGGGAAAGAGCAUCAGUACAGUGCUGCAUAAGCAGGUACAGGCCAGGAGGAAGUGGCAGAAAUCUCUGAUCAACUACAAGUCCAAGAUGGUGAUGAGGGCCAUUCCAGAGUUGCUGGACGACUCCGCCAAGCACACGUCCAUCGCUGUGUCCAAACACCUCAGAGGCAGCUCGCCUGCUGCAUCAUCCUCCUCCGACUCGGACGAGGACAUCGAUGAGCUGCCCUUCAUCCCCAUGCCCCUCAACAUGGUCUUCUCUGGCUCCCGGAUGUCCCUCAAUGAGAUCACAGGGGACGAAGAGGCCCCGGACAUUGCCACUCUCGUCAAAGCCAACAACCACAAUCGUGAGGAGGCAAUGGAGUGUGAUGCUGAAUCAGGGACUGGGAAAACGCAGGAGUCAGAUGAGGAGGUGAAGGAUGGCGGGGAGAAGACGAGGAAGCCUCUUCAGCGCGGCUCCAGCGUGGAGGAGGAAGAGGCGAGGAUCAAGUCCCGAAGGGCCACCAUGCGCAGGGGCAGCUCAGCCGACAGCGCCCUGCUACUCCACAUAUCACCUGAAGAGGGCGCUGAGACGACAGGAGAGGCAGAGGACAGCAGUGGCGUCAGCCUGAAGAAGGCUGUCUCCAUGGAGCUACCCAGGAGGACUCCGAGUCCCGGGCCGGGAAAACUGAGCCAGGAGGACUAUGCGCUGAAACUGGAGCUGAUGAGACAGAGGCUUCUGAGGGGAGGUACUGCAGACAAGAAGAUGAGCGGCCUACGAGGACCCCUGCUGGAGACUUUGGGGGUUGAUGACGAAAGGAGAACCUCAUCUCUGGACCGUAACUUGCGCAGGACAAGAAUGGGUGCAGGUGGAAUGACAAGGGCAGCUUCUACAGAGAACCCAGGAGAGGGGUCACCAAAAAUGAAGGUGUUUCGGAAGAGUGCUUCGUUUAGUGACCCCGAAUCGACGCCACUGCAUAGACGCUCAGGGGCUCCACUGGAGAUCCCCAACACCGGUCAUAUGGGAGACCAGAAGUUACAUGAAGCCAUGUCAAUGUCUGUCCUUGCUGAGCCCACAAAGGUAAAUUCCAGGUCUGAGUCUCCCACUGACAGUAAUCUUUCAACAUCCGUUUCAGAUAUCGUGGAACUGCAGGGCAAGAAGCAGGAAAUCAAGUGGAUUGUGGGAAAAGAGGAAAUGGAUGAUGAUGAGCAAGAUGAGACAACAGUCUCUGAAUUGUCCUCUCAAACUCCUGAAGAGGAUAGUGUAUCCUUGUCUUCACAGUCUGUUUUGAAGGACACCAUCUCGGUGGAUUCCUCUGUGCUCGGAGGUGAGAACAGCAGCAGGAGAGGGAGUAUGGUGGACAGAUCUGAGACGGUUUCCAUCUCAACUGAAUCAGAAUUGAAGAUGGAGGUGGAUUCUACUGCGUCAACUCCUACCGAGAAGAAAGGAUCUGCCUAUGCUGAAGUCAUGCAAACCAUCAUGGGACUACAGCCAAAUGGGAGACAAACCCCUUCAACAAAUGGGAGGACAACGCCUACUGCUCAACUCACCCACUCGAGAACUCGCUCAAACCCAGAGACUAUCCUUGCACCAGAACACCCUGCCGUUUUUGCCCGAGUUGCCACACUCUCUCCCCUCAGAACCGACAUCAAGGACAUUGACUCAGAGGAGGUGUUUGAAGCAAGAUUCAAGAAGCGGGAGUCUUCUCUCACACGGGGCCUGAAGAGGCUGACUAGAGCCAAAUCAGAGGAGAAGUCUCCCUCCAUGCCCAGAAAGUUGGGAGAGGAUAUCUACAGACCUGGACCCACUGGAGCUCCUCUGGAGCUAGUGGCCAGAGGCCUUCAGGAGAAGUCCAAGUCUGUGCAGGACCUGAGGGAGGGGGAUAAGGAGCUUGGCUUGAUCGGCAGGUUCUCCAUGCGAUCGAAGAAAUCUUCCCUCGUCACUAAGAAGGAAGAGAAACCAAAGGGAGAGUCACCGAAGGAUGAGGCCACUAGCAAGCGCAGGGUGUCCUGGGCUAUGGGUCGCAGCAAGUCCCUGGACAAGAAGGUGCUAGAGACGACAGAUCAAGAAUUGGAAGCAAAGAAGGAAAUGGCAGAUAAGGAAGACAAGAAGGUUGGCGAGUCACCCGUAUUGGCCAUGAGGAGAAGGUUUGAGUCCAAGGUCGCAGGCAUCUCAGAGAAGAUCCGCAGUAAAUCAGAAGAACGCAAGGAGCUCAAGACCCAGAAGGACGCAGAAAGAGCGGACGCAUCAGUGGAAGAAGGAAAACCAGACCAAAAGAAGAUCGGAGAGUCCCCGGUCUUGGCCAUGCGCAAGAAGUUCGAAGCCAAAGUCGCCGGCAUCUCCAUGAAAAUGCGCAGCCAGUCCGAGGACAGAGAACAGGAGACUGAGCCCAAACCGGAGGGCAAGAAAACCCCUCUUCUCUCGCGGCUACGCCACUCUCAGUCCGAGGGCACCAGCCUGAAGAAGAUGGACAUUCCAGAGAACCAGCUGGAGGAACAGACGGGCAAAUUCGGUGGCAACGAAUCAGUGGAGUCCACCAACAGCGCACAGGUGGACCUGAAAUCUACUCCUGAGACGGAUCGCCGCUCGCGGUGGGAUCGAUGGGGCCUGUCUCGCAGCAAGAGGGGCAAAAGCCCCGCCCAGGUCACUCCUGCGGCGCCUGUCUCCAAGGAAGAGGAAGCGAAGGGGAAGGAGUACACUCGCUCACCCUCAGACUAUCCUCCAGUGUUCCACAUAAAGCUGAAGGACCAUAUCCUACUGGAGGGAGACCCGGUCACCAUGAGCUGUCUGCCAGCUGCCAGCCCCUUUCCCAAAAUCACCUGGAUGAAGGAUAAGAGCCCCCUGGUGAUUGACGGCCGGAUGACAUUGAUGGGCAGUCCAGACGGCAGACAACACCUGAUGAUCCUCAACACUACCAGCAAGGACGCCGGACUGUACGAGUGUGUUGCCUCCAACCCACUAGCCACCUCUACCAGCUCAUGUACCAUCUCACUGGCCUGUGUCCCUAAGCGGCCUGGAACUCCAGAAGUUCCCCAGACGUACAAGAACACAGCUCUGGUCAUGUGGAAACCAGCCGACACCAAACCUCCCUGCACAUACUCACUGGAGCGCAGGACUGAGGGGGAGACCACCUGGCUGAUUGUGAGCACUGGGCUGGUGGACUGCUACCAUAACGCCACAGAGCUGCCCGUGGGGAGCACCCUGCGCUUCAGGGUGGCCUGCGUCAACAAGGCGGGACAGGGACCCUACAGCAACAUCUCCGAUAAAGUGGCCGUGAACACCACAGGGAGUGAGCUCUCCAGACCAGCGAUGGGAAAGGCCAGCUCUCCUCCUCCUCCUGCCUCUCCUCCUCCAUCAUCUGAUGCUGCCAUGGCAACCGCCUCCUCUGCGGUCCAACACAGUAAAUCUGUACCCACCGUGUGCCUCCCUCCUGCUGCUGCCGCAUCCCCACCACCAACACUGCCAAAGCCACAGGCACAGGCCAGGGCUAUCACCCCCGCACCCCUCCUGUCUGUUCACAUGCCCGGCCAGGUCUACCAAAGGUCUACCUCUGCACCCCUCACCACCACUCCUGAAGUUCCUUUGGCCCCCUCAAAAACCUCCUCCAAAGUCCCCGUCACUCCCUCCCCUGCCCCUGUCCCCACCUCUAUUGUCCCCGUCACCCCUUCCAGUCCCCCUGCAACUGUCCCCGCAGUCACCAGAACCCCCCGCGUGUGGCCCCCGCGCAGCCGGGCCGAGGCCCAAUCACCGCAGCCUGACCCACCUCUGGGCCAGAGACAGACAACUGCUUCAGCUGUUCAGACAAUAAUCAAGUCCAUACCUCCUCUGGUCGCACCCAAACCCACCAGUCCUGUGAACAUAGUGCCGCCCAUCACCCAGAUGACCCCGCCAGUGCCCAGUGUGAGCUGUCAAUCACCCCACACAGCUGCUCCCGCCCUCACCGGCCUCACUUCCUCUUCCUCCUCUCCCUCCACCUCCUCUCCCUCUGUCCCCGUCCCGUUACCCGGCAGGGUGAUGUCUCCUGUGCCCUCUUACCCACCUCCCUCCGCAACCUCCCCAGUGCCCUUCCCAAGCGCUCCCAUGCCCCCCUCCCACCUACCCCUCUCUACCGCCCGCGUGGCACCCACUCCCAUCUCUCCCGUAGUGCUGGUGAGCAGUAUGAGUCCCAUCGGCGAGGGGGCGACAUCCCCCACCCCUGGUAGUCCCGUCACGUCCCCGGGUGGGCACAGAGGCGCCCCAGUGAAGAGCGGCGAGGCCGGGCUGAGGCAGGGGGUACCCCAGAAACCCUACACCUUCUUGGAGGAGAAGAUCAGGGGUCGCUUCGGUGUGAUCCGCGAGUGUCGUGAGAACGCGACAGGUAAGAUGUUCAUGGCCAAGAUCGUCUCGUACGAGCCGGAGACCAAGCAGCAGGCGGUGGCGGAGUACCACACGCUCAAGUCGCUCCACAACGAGAGGAUCAUGGCCCUGCACGAGGCCUACGUCACCCCCAGAUACCUCGUACUGAUCACUGAGAACUGUGCCGGGAAGGAGCUACUGUACAGCCUCAGUGACAGGUUCCGCUACUCUGAGGAUGACGUGGUGCAGUACUUGGUGGGUGUGCUGCAGGGUCUUGAGUACCUCCACAGUCGCCGCUACCUGCACCUGGACAUCAAGCCCGACAACGUCAUGGUGACGCCGCUCAACACCGUGAAGCUCGUCGAUCUGGGCAGUGCUCAGAGCUUCAACCCCCUGCAGCUGAGGAGUUACAGCAGAGACCUGGCAACGUUAGAAUACUCUGCUCCAGAGCUGUUGAAGGGGGAUGUGGUGGGCCCUCCGGUUGACAUGUGGGGAGUGGGAGUACUCGUCUACAUCAUGCUGAGUGGAAGACUACCAUUCCAGGAUAAGGACCCCACACUUACUGAGUCCAAAAUAGUAGCGGCCAAGUUUGACGCCACUAAGCUGUACCCUAACGUAUCCCAGACUGCCUCUGGCUUCCUGAAGAAGGCUCUCCAUGGAUACCCCUGGUCUCGUCCGUCCAUGAAGGACUGCUUCUCCCACAUGUGGCUGCAGGACUCAUACCUGAUGAAGCUGCGCAGGCAGACCCUGACCUUCACCACGGCCCGGCUGAAGGAGCACCUCGGGGAGCAGCAGAGGAGACGCACCGAGAACACCACCAAACACAAGAUCAUGCUGAGAGCCUACCAGAGCACUGCUCAGUGACACUCGCGCACACACACA